UUCAACACAACGGACGAGGCAAGUCGGAAAAAAAGGUUGUUGAGUAAAAUGCUGCCUUCAUGUCUUCCAUUCAAAGCUAUAAUCUCUAGUACGCCGUAAUCUCCUCAAUUAGGCCCUUUAAUGAGCUAGCCCGCUUUGGCCUGGGAAAUCACAAUGAAAUUCUUCUUUCUAGGGAAAAAAAAAGUCAUUAAUUUAUCACCCAGCUUAGUUCUUUGCUACAUAUUUUCAAACCCUGUGGGAAUAAUGGAGGUUAAGGAUCGAUGCAACCGAAGAAGAAUCCCAUCAAAUCCUCUUCUAUUAAUUGGAGACAAAAGAAGGAUGGCAACGGGAACAUAUAGGAAUAUAAGAAUGUAUCUCUCAAACAGCAGCGGUGCAGUCUUGACCACGAAUCUUGAGAAUGCCGUUCAUUUAAUAAAAGUUUGCUUCCUCCAUUUUUAUAAUGGCAAUAUGCAUAUACACCAGAAUGGGAUAAGAUGAUGUGCUGCCAUCCCACCACUGGUGUCCACCAACGGGUUCUGGGAUUACCGCCACGGCAGUUACUGUUAUUUACGACAAGCUAUAUUAGGUUUUUUCUUGGAAGAGAUACUUUGACAAAAUAAAAAUAUUUUUGUAACAUUUAUUUUCAUAGUUUAUUAUCAACUCCAAUAAAGUUAGGGUCACAAACCGGAACUCUUUCUUUGUACUCGGCAGUGUGACCAGUGUGACCGCGCGAAACCACAGACCGGUUUCACACAAACCCACGAAAUGCAAAGAAAUACAGUUGAAUAGGUGCAGAUUCUAGAAGAACUAAAUUAUUAUGCUUAUUAUGCUGGUUAUUGUGUGUAGCUGCUCUAUAGGAGUCCACAACUCAAUACAAAGGGCCGAAAAAUGAACAUAAUAGGUCCCCUUUAAUUGAAUGAAAAGCAGGUUUAUCCACAUCCAUUUAUACUAUUUAUAUACUAUUUAUCGAUACUGAUGGAAUAGAAUAGUCCUUUAUUGUCAUGGUGGCCGAUCGGAGAAACCCUCAUUUUUAUUUAUGUGUUAUUAUUAAGAUUGUUUUGUUUUACAGUUUUCAAACCAAUUGGAAUUAUUGGAAAUAUAAAUAAUAAUUUUUAUAGUCAAACUGUCACAAAUCUAAAACCAUUAUUUACAAGAAUUUUUUUAAACAUUUGAAGUUUUUAUGUCAUUGAAGCUUAAAAAUAUGUUAAUCCAUCCAUCCAUCCAUCCAUUUUCCUCCGCUUAUCCGGGUCCGGGUCGCGGGGGCAGCAGUCUUAGAAGGGAAGCCCAGACUUCCCGGUCCCCGGCCACCUCCUCCAGCUCCACCGGGAGGACACCAAGGCGUUCCCAGGCCAGCUGUGAGACAUAGUCCCUCCAAAAAUAUGUUAAUAUUUUAUAAAAAAAUAAAAAUAUGUUAACUCCCCUUUUUUCCCCAUCUCAUAUUGCUAUAUGUUUGUAUAUUUAUUAGAUACACCUUUUCAGUGUUAAGUUACUGUGUGAUGACUUUAGUUCCAUUCCAUUCUAUUCCACUUGUCCUUGUUGCGGGAGACUGUACACUGGAAUUUAUGGUAAUAUGAAGAGUAUUUAAUCAAUAAUGUACCUCACGCUCUCGGUGUUCAACAAGUCACACAAAUUUUUAAUAGAUUGACUAGAUAGGAUGCUGCUACAGUCGGUGACAUCCAUGAAAGAUUGGAAUUGUCCAUCCACACUGCCGUAACACAAAGCAGGAACCAGAUUCAUUUGACAUUUUAAAUGCUACUGCAGUUUACUCGAUCUCGAUGAUGCGGUCCGCCAAUCACAACAUGAACGUCUCCUGUCCUGAGCACAGAAGGUCUCAGUAAGGCCGCGGUCAACACAACCUAUAUAAUGCAUGCAUGCACCUCCACGUGCACCCAGACAUACGCUAACACGGUCACAUUCUUGCAAACACACACCCAUAACAUCACCCCCCCCCCCCCCCCCCACUCACAUACACCAUCAGUGUGUGCAGACCCCAUUUCAGGGAAAGUUCUGGUCUUUCACAACCAUCCUAGUGUUUGCUUGUACAAACUGGCUUGCUUGUGCAAGCUGCUGCUGAACCCUGAAAGGACACUUUGUCACCCACUCUGUCCGUGGAGUUCUGCUGGAAGUUGUUGACACCGGUGGUCAGAAAGUGGGCGCGGAAAGACAACUCUGGAAGGAAUUUCAUUUCGCAGCAAAUUUCUUUGAUGUUUUCGUGUGAAAUUGCUUUGCAUUGUUGUGAUGUUUGGGAUUAGAAUUCUAGUCGUUGACCAAGAAUGAUUAGGAGCUCUAUGGGGUAUGGGCUAAUAACUACAAAAGCGAUCUUCACUGGCUAAAUGUACUGCAAAAAAGAGAGCGCACCAGCCUGCGCCUCCCAUGGGUGCCAGUUUCAUUGUGCCGUGACCCACGAUGGACCAAAGUGCUACUGCGGCAACGGCUACGAGGUGGCCGCCGAUGGAAAGGCGUGUAAAGAUUUCAAUGAGUGCGGCGUGUACGGGACGUGUAGUCAGACGUGUAAGAACACCGAUGGCUCCUACGUCUGCAGCUGCGUGGAGGGCUACCUGCUGCAGCCAGACAACCGCUCCUGCAAAGCCAAGAACGAGCCCGUAGAUCGUCUUCCCAUGUUGCUGAUCGCAAACCUCCAUGACAUCCGCUGUACCACCUUGAGCGGCUCCGCCUCCAGGCUGCCUUCCAUUGCCACCAAGCAGACCAUGGCGAUGGACUUCAUCUACGCCAAGGAGACCGUCUGCUGGAUCGACGUGGGCGAAACACCCGCAGCCACGCAGCUGAAAUGCGCCAGCAUCCCUGAUCUCAAGACGGUCACAGACAUCCGCACCAUCAACAUUUCCAUCACCCUGCACCAUGUGGAACAGAUGGCUAUUGACUGGUUGACCGGAAACUUCUACUUUGUGGAUGAUGUGGACGACUGGGUGUUUGUCUGCAACAAGAACGGCCAGACGUGUGUCAGCCUGCUGGACCAAGAACUGUACAACCCUAAAGGCAUCGCCUUGGACCCGGCUAUGGGAAAAGUCUUCUUCACCGACUACGGGUCCACUCCGAGGGUGGAGCGCUGUGACAUGGACGGUCAGAACCGCACAAAGCUGGUCGACACUAAGAUUGUUUUCCCUCACGGGAUCACGCUGGACUUAGUCAACCGGCUGGUGUACUGGGCGGACGCCUACCUGGACUACAUCGAAGUGGUGGAUUACGAGGGCAAGAACAGACACACCAUCAUUCAGGGCCUGAUGAUUGAGCACCUGUACGGGCUGACUGUGUUUGAGAACUACCUGUACGCCACCAACUCCGACGAAGGCAACCUCAAUCCCAAGACCAGCGUGAUCCGAGUCAACCGUUUCAACAACUCCGACUUCCACGUGGUGACGCGGGUGGACCGAGGCGCCGCGCUGCACGUGUACCAUCAGAGACGGCAACCGCAAGUGCGGAGCCACGCCUGCGCUCUCGAUCAGUUUGGGAAGGCUGGAGGUUGUUCGGACAUCUGCCUACUGGGCAACAGCCACAAGACCCGCACCUGCCGCUGUCGGUUCGGGUUCAGUCUGGGCAGCGACGGCAAGUCUUGUAAAAAACCAGACCACGAUUUGUUCUUGGUGUAUGGAAAGGGUCGCCCCGGAAUCAUCAGGGGCAUGGAUAUGAAUCCGAAGGUACCGGAUGAAUAUAUGAUCCCCAUUGAGAACCUCAUGAACCCUCGAGCUCUGGAUUUUCACGCCGCCAGUGAAUUCAUCUACUUUGCUGAUGCUACCAGCUACAUCAUCGGGCGGCAGAAGAUAGAUGGGACGGAGAGAGACACCAUACUAAAAGACGGUGUCCACACAGUGGAGGGUCUGGCGGUAGACUGGAUGGGAGGUAAUCUGUACUGGACAGAUGACGGCCCUAAAAAGACUAUCAGCGUCGCCAGACUGGAGAAGGCUUCUCAGACUCGGAAGACUCUCAUUGAGGGCAAGAUGAGCCACCCCCGCGCCAUUGUGGUGGACCCCCAGCACGGAUGGAUGUAUUGGACCGACUGGGAGGAGGAUCCCACGGAGAGCAACAGAGGAAAGAUCAAGAAAGCCUGGAUGGACGGAUCUCAUCAACAAGUGUUCCUCACGAGCAAGACAGUCCUGUGGCCCAACGGUUUGAGUCUGGACAUUCCCCAGGGUAUACUCUACUGGGUCGACGCCUAUUAUGACCGCAUCGAGAUGGUCUACCUCAACACGACCGAACGAAAGGUGGUGUAUGAAGGCCAGGAGUUGAUCCACGCCUUUGGUUUGUGUCACUACAAACAAUUCCUCUUCUGGAAUGAGUACCGCGGAGGUAGCAUCUACAAACUGGACACCAUCACCAAGACGGUCACGCUGCUCCGCAACGAGAGGCCGCCCAUUUUUGAAAUCAGAGUGUAUGAUGCUCAUCAGCAGCAAGGCACCAACGUAUGUAGAGUUAUGAACGGGGGGUGCAGCAGUCUCUGCCUCGCCAUUCCUAAUGGUAGAACAUGUGCUUGUGCCGAUGAUCAACUCUUGGAUGCUGAUAAUGUCACCUGCAAAGCCAACCCCUCCUACAUCCCGCCGCCAAAGUGCCAGGCGGGGGAAUUCGCCUGCAAGAACAACCGUUGCAUCCAAGAGCGAUGGAAGUGUGACGGGGACAACGAUUGUCUGGAUAACAGCGACGAGGCCCCCGAGCUUUGCCACCAGCACACCUGUCCGGCGGACCGAUUCAAAUGUCAGAACAACCGUUGCAUCCCAUUCAGAUGGCUAUGUGACGGCGACAACGACUGCGGCAACGAUGAGGAUGAAUCAAACGCCACAUGUUCUGCUCGGACAUGCCCACCAAAUCAGUACCCUUGUGCCAGUGGCCGUUGCAUCCCAAUCUCCUGGACGUGUGACCUGGAUGACGACUGCGGAGACCGCUCAGACGAACCGGACUCAUGCGCCUAUCCUACGUGUUUCCCUCUCACCCAGUUCACAUGCGCCAACGGCCGCUGCAUCAACAUCAACUGGCGCUGUGACAACGACAACGACUGCGGGGACAACAGCGAUGAGGCCGGCUGCAGCCAUUCCUGCUCCAGCGUGCAGUUCAAAUGCAACAGCGGCCGCUGCAUCCCGGAAUACUGGACCUGCGACGGCGACAACGACUGCGGCGACUACAGUGACGAGACCCACGCCAACUGUACUAAUCAAGCGACUCGUCCGCCAGGCGGCUGCCACGUGGACGAGUUCCAGUGUCGUAUGGACGGUUUGUGUAUCCCCAUGCGUUGGCGCUGUGACGGCGACACCGACUGCAUGGACCUGAGUGAUGAGAACAACUGCGAGGGCGUCACUCACAUGUGUGACCCGGCCGUCAAGUUCAGUUGCAGGGACUCGGCUCGCUGCAUCAGCAAGGCCUGGGUUUGCGACGGCGACAGUGACUGUGAGGACAACUCAGACGAGGACAACUGCGACGCCCUGGUGUGCAAAUUGUCUCACCACGUUUGCGCCACUAACGACUCCAUUUGUCUUCCUGCUGAGAAGCUGUGCGACGGCACCGACGACUGUCCAGAUGGUUCUGAUGAGAAGCUUUGUGACUUGUGUUCUUUGGACAACGGCGGUUGUAGUCACAACUGCAGCAUCAUCCCCGGAGAAGGCUUCAUGUGUUCGUGUCCGUUGGGCAUGGAGCUCGGAGCGGACAACAAAACCUGCCAGAUCCAGAGCUUCUGUGCCAAACAUCUGAAAUGUAGCCAAAAGUGCCAGCAGGAGAAGUCCAGCGUCAAGUGCUCCUGCUACCAGGGCUGGGAGCUGGAGGCCGACAUGGAGAGCUGCAAAAGCACUGAUCCCUUCAAGCCAUUCAUCAUAUUUUCCAACCGCCAUGAGAUCAGAAGGAUCGACCUGCACAAGGGAGAGUUCAGUGUUCUGGUACCAGGCCUGAGGAACACCAUCGCUUUGGACUUUCACCUCAGUCAGAGCACUUUGUACUGGACUGACGUCGUCGAGGACAAGAUCUACCGUGGGAAACUGUCGGACAAUGGAGCUCUGACCAGUUUUGAGGUGGUGAUCCAAUAUGGGCUUGCGACUCCCGAGGGUCUGGCGGUGGACUGGAUCGCAGGAAAUAUCUACUGGGUGGAGAGCAACCUGGAUCAGAUCGAGGUGGCUAAACUGGACGGCACCAUGAGAACGACGCUGCUGGCUGGGGAGGUGGAGCACCCCAGAGCCAUCGCCUUGGACCCCCGUGAUGGUAUUCUGUUUUGGACCGACUGGGAUGCGAGUCUGCCGAGGAUUGAGGCGGCGUCUAUGAGCGGCGAGGGCAGACGUACCAUCCACAGGGAGACGGGCAACGGCGGAUGGCCCAAUGGACUCACGGUCGAUUACAUGGAGAGACGCAUCGUCUGGAUUGACGCCAGGUCAGAUGCUAUCUACUCUGCCAUGUAUGACGGCUCAGGACUGAUUGAGGUCUUGCGAGGUCACGAGUACUUGUCCCACCCCUUCGCUGUCACGAUGUACGGAGGCGAGGUCUACUGGACCGACUGGAGGACCAACACUCUGGCCAAAGCCAACAAAUGGACCGGGCACAACGUCACCGUAGUCCAGCGCACCAACACGCAGCCGUUUGACUUGCAGGUCUACCAUCCGUCCAGACAGCCACAGGCUCCGAACCCGUGCGCCACCAUCGACGGCAAAGGUCCUUGCUCCCAUCUUUGUCUCAUCAACUUCAACCAAACCUUCUCCUGCGCCUGCCCGCACCUCAUGAAGCUGCAAGAUGAUAAACGCACAUGCAAAGAGUCCCGCAAGUUCCUUCUGUAUGCUCGCCAAAUUGAGAUCCGGGGUGUGGACAUCGACAACCCCUACUAUAACUACAUCAUCUCCUUCACCGUGCCGGACAUAGACAACGUGACAGCAGUGGACUACGAUGCGGUGGAGCAUCGCAUCUACUGGUCAGAUGUCCGAACGCAGACCAUCAAAAGAGCUUUCAUCAACGGCACCGGCGUGGAAACGAUCGUCUCGGCAGACCUUCCCAACACUCACGGGCUAGCGGUGGACUGGGUGUCCAGGAACCUUUUCUGGACCAGCUACGACGCCAACAAGAAGCAGAUCAACGUGGCCAGACUGGAUGGCUCCUUUAAGAACGCCGUCCUUCAAGGUUUAGACAAGCCUCAUUGUCUGGUUGCGCAUCCUCAGCUAGGGAAGUUGUACUGGACCGAUGGUGACAACAUAAGCAUGGCCAACAUGGACGGUACCAACCACAGCACCCUGUUCUUCAACCAGAAGGGACCCGUUGGCCUUUCCAUCGACUUUGACAAAGAGCAGCUGUACUGGAUCAGUUCUGGAAACGGUACCAUUAAUCGCUGUCAGCUGGACGGAUCCAAACUGGAGGUCUUGGAAGGCGUUAAAGGCAAACUCUCCAAGGCUACAGCGUUGGCUAUAAUGGGAGACAAGCUGUGGUGGGCCGACCAGGCAUCUGAUCACAUAGGAACAUGCGACAAGAAGGAUGGCGGAAACUGGAAGGUUUUGAGGAACAACACUUCGUCCAUGAUGCACAUGAAGAUCUAUGAUGAGGAUGUGCAGAAAGCGAGUGUCAAUCUUUGUAGCAACAACAACGGGGACUGCUCCCAGCUGUGUUUGCCCACCUCGCCAUCCACACGGGCCUGCAUGUGUACCGCCGGUUACAGCCUCAAGACGGGACAGCAGUCGUGCGAAGGUAUGGGCUCCUUCCUGCUUUACUCCGUUCACGAGGGAAUUAGAGGAAUUCCGCUGGACCCGGGUGACAAAUCGGAUGCCUUGGUGCCGGUGUCUGGAACCUCUCUUGCCGUCGGCAUCGACUUCCAUGCUGAGAACGACACCAUCUACUGGGUGGAUAUGGGCCUCAGCACCAUCAGCAGGGCCAAGAGAGAUCAAACAUGGAGAGAAGACGUGGUCACCAACGGCAUUGGCAGAGUGGAGGGCAUUACUGUUGACUGGAUUGCAGGAAAUAUUUACUGGACCGAUCAGGGCUUUGAUGUGAUUGAGGUGGCCAGGCUGAAUGGCUCCUUCCGUUACGUGGUCAUCUCCCAGGGUCUGGACAAGCCCAGAGCCAUCACCGUCCACCCAGUCAAAGGGUAUCUGUUCUGGACAGAAUGGGGGCAGUACCCCCGUAUUGAACGCUCUCGACUGGACGGCUCUGAGAGGUUAGUCUUGGUCAACGCGAGCAUUAGUUGGCCCAACGGGAUCUCCAUCGACUACACGGAGGGGCUGCUGUACUGGUGCGAUGCCAGAACAGACAAGAUCGAGCGAAUCAACCUGGAAACCGGAGAGAACCGAGAGUUGGUGCUGGUCAACAACAACAUGGAUAUGUUCGCAGUGUCCGUGUUUGAGGAUUACAUCUACUGGAGUGACAGGACUCAUGCAAACGGCUCCAUUAAAAGAGGCAGUAAGGACAACGCCACCGAUGCGGUCCAGCUCAGGACUGGCAUUGGUGUGCAACUAAAAGAUAUUAAAGUGUUCAACCGCGCCAGGCAGCAAGGCACCAACGUCUGCAAAAACGGCAACGGCGGCUGCGAACAGCUUUGCCUCUUCCGCGGCAACGGGAUGCGCACGUGCGCCUGCGCUCACGGCAUGUUGGCGGAGGACAACCGGAGUUGCCGCGAUUAUGACGGCUACCUCCUCUACUCGGAGCGCACCAUUUUAAAGAGCAUACACCUGUCGGAUGAGACCAACUUAAAUGCGCCCAUAAAGCCGUUUGAAGACCCCGACCACAUGAAGAAUGUCAUCGCUCUGAGCUUUGACUACCACGGGGGCGGCGGGAGGGGGGCCAACCGCAUCUUCUUUAGCGACAUCCACUUUGGAAACAUCCAGCAGAUCAACGAUGAUGGCACGGACCGCAAGGUCGUGGUGGAUAACGUCGGAUCAGUGGAGGGCCUGGCCUAUCACCGCGGUUGGGACACACUCUAUUGGACCAGCUACACAACGUCCACCAUCACCCGCCACACCGUGGACCAGAGCCGCUCUGUGGCCUACAACCGCAACACUGUGGUCACCAUGUCUGGAGAGGACCACCCCAGAGCCUUUGUGCUGGACGAGUGUCAGGAUCUCAUGUUCUGGACGAACUGGAACGAGCAGGCUCCGAGCAUCAUGAGGGCUUCCUUGAACGGUGCCAACGUGCUCGCCAUCAUCGGCAGUGAUAUCAAAACACCCAACGGCUUGGCGAUAGAUCACCGUGCUGAGAAGCUCUACUUCUCUGACGCCACCCUGGACAAGAUAGAGCGCUGUGAAUACGAUGGCAGCAGCCGAUACGUUUUGUUGAAGAACGAGCCCGUGCAUCCGUUUGGCCUGGCUGUGUACGGCGACUACAUCUUCUGGACCGACUGGGUGAGGAGGGCGGUCCUCCGAGCUGACAAGUACACCGGAGGAGACAUGAAGGUGCUGAGAGCCGACAUCCCUCAGCAGCCGAUGGGAAUCAUCGCGGUGGCCAAUGACACCAACAGCUGUGAGUUCUCUCCCUGUCGAACAAAUAACGGAGGCUGCCAAGACCUGUGCCUGCCCACGUCCGACGGGAGGGUCAACUGCAGUUGCCGUGGAGACAGACGACUUCUGGAAGACAAUACCUGCUCUUCACUGAACGUGUCCUGUGGGAGUGUGGACGACUUUGAGUGUGGAAACGGGGACUGCAUCAACUACAGCCUGACCUGUGACGGCAUGGCCCACUGCAAGGACAAAUCUGAUGAGAAGCAGUCCUACUGUGCCAAUCGAAUUUGUAAGAAAGGUUACAGACGCUGCAUGAAUGGUCGCUGCAUCGGUCACCAGUUCUGGUGUGACGGUACCGAUGACUGUGGCGACCACUCCGAUGAAAUGCCCUGCAACAUGACUCUGUGCAAAAUCGGGGAGUUCCAGUGCAAAGACGGCAGCUGCAUCUCCAACUUCAGCCGCUGCGACCAGGUGGUUAACUGCGAGGAUGCUAGCGAUGAGAUGAACUGCCAAGCCACCGACUGCUCCCGUUUCUUCCGCUUGGGAGUGAAAGGCGCUUCCUUCCAGAGCUGUGAGAGAACCACGUUGUGCUACUUGUCAUCGUGGGUGUGCGACGGAAACAACGACUGUGGCGACUUCUCCGAUGAGAGGAACUGUCCAGAUAAACGCAAGCUUAAAUGUCCGGUGAACUUCUUCGCUUGCCCAAGUGGUCGUUGUAUCCCCAUGAGUUGGACUUGCGAUAAGGAGGAUGACUGUGAGAACGGAGCUGACGAAACACACUGUGACAAAUUUUGUACCUCCGUCCAGUUUGAAUGUGGGAACCACCGCUGCAUUUCCAGCCAUUGGGUCUGCGAUGGUUCCGACGACUGCGGUGACGGAUCAGAUGAGGAUGAGAACUGCAAAUCUAAAACCUGCAGUCCGGAGGCCUUCCAAUGUCCGGGCUCUCAUAUGUGUGUGCCGCAGCGCUGGAAGUGCGACGGAGACAAGGAUUGUCCCGACGGAGCCGACGAGAGUGUCAAGGCUGGAUGCUUGUAUACCAACAACACUUGCGACGACAAUGAGUUCAUGUGCCAGAACAGACAAUGUAUUCCCAAACACUUCGUAUGUGAUCAUGACAUCGACUGCGCCGAUGGCUCGGACGAGUCUCCGGAAUGCGAAUAUCCGACCUGUGCUCCAGAUGAGUUCCGCUGUGCCAACGGCCGAUGCCUCAACCAGAAGAAAUGGGAAUGUGAUGGAGAGUUUGACUGUCAGGAUCGCUCCGAUGAAGCUCCCAAGAACCCACGAUGCACCGACACAGAGAGGUCGUGUAACGAGUCGGCCUUCAUGUGCCGCAACGGCAACUGUUUGAACGACACUCUGCUGUGCGACCGCAACGACGACUGCGGCGACGGCUCGGAUGAACUCAACUGCUUCAUCAACGAAUGCCUCAACAGUAAACUGAGUGGAUGUUCUCAGCUCUGUGAUGACCUCAAGGUUGGCUACAAGUGCAGGUGCCAUCCCGGUUACCAGCUGAAACGGGACGGGAAGACGUGCGUGGAUGUGGAUGAGUGCACCACCACCUACCCUUGUUCUCAACGUUGCAUCAACACACACGGAAGCUUCCAUUGUCUGUGCGUGGAUGGCUUUGAAGUCAGCCCCAAUGACCCCACCAUAUGUAAAUCCACGUCAGAGGAAGAGCCCUACUUGAUCUUUGCUAAUCGUUAUUACCUGCGGAAGCUCAACCUGGAUGGUUCCAACUACACUCUUAUAAAGCAGGGUCUCAACAACGCCGUAGCGCUGGACUUCCACUAUGCAGAGCAGACCAUCUACUGGACCGACGUCACCACCCAGGGCAGCAUGAUCCGACGCAUGCGAAUGAACGGCAGCAACAUGGAGGUGUUGCACCGCACCUCGCUGAGUAACCCCGAUGGCGUUGCCGUGGACUGGGUCGGCGGGAACCUGUAUUGGUGCGACAAAGGCAGGGACACCAUUGAAGUGUCCAAGCUCAACGGCGCCUACCGCACCGUGCUGGUCAACAGCGGGCUGAGAGAACCUCGCGCUGUGGCCGUGGAUGUGCGCUACGGGUACCUGUACUGGUCUGACUGGGGAGACAACCCCCAUAUUGGACGGAUCGGCAUGGACGGCACCAAUAGGAGCGUCCUCGUUCAAGACAAGAUCACAUGGCCUAAUGGUCUGACCUUGGACUUCAUCAAUGACCGCAUAUACUGGGCGGACGCCCGAGAGGAUUACAUUGAGUUUGCCAGUCUGGAUGGCACCAGCAGGCACACAGUUCUCGGCCAAGACAUCCCACACAUCUUCGCCAUGACUCUCUUUGAAGAGUACAUCUACUGGACAGACUGGGAGACAAAGUCCAUCAACAGAGCUCACAAGACUCUUGGUACUAACAAGACCACCCUGAUCAGCACCCUGCAUCGGCCCAUGGACAUCCACAUUUAUCACCCCUAUCGCCAACCUGAGGUGCGUAACCACCCAUGCCAGACAAACAAUGGAGGCUGCAGUAACCUGUGCCUCCUCUCCCCCGGAGGGGGCUACAAAUGUGCCUGCCCCACCAACUUCUACCUGGCCAGCGACCAGCGCACGUGCAUGUCCAACUGCACAGCUAGCCAGUUCGUCUGCAAGAAUGAUAAAUGCAUUCCUUUCUGGUGGAAAUGCGACACGGAGGACGAUUGCGGCGAUCGCUCAGACGAGCCCUCGGAUUGUCCUGAAUUCAAGUGCAGACCGGGCCAGUUCCAGUGUGGCACGGGCAUCUGCACCAACCCCGCUUACAUAUGUGAUGGAGACAACGACUGCCAGGACAAUUCAGACGAGGCCAACUGCGAUAUUCACGUGUGCCUGCCCAGCCAGUUCAAAUGUUCGCACCCGAGUCGCUGCAUCCCGGGAAUCUUUCGUUGUAACGGCCAAGACAACUGCGGCGAGGGGGAGGACGAGAAGGACUGCCCGGAGGUCACGUGUGCGCCCACCCAGUUUCAGUGCGCCAUCACCAAACGCUGCAUCCCUCGCGUUUGGGUCUGCGACCGCGAUAACGACUGCGUGGACGGAUCGGAUGAACCCACCAACUGCACCCAGAUGACCUGCGGUGUGGAUGAGUUCCGCUGCAAAGACUCCGGACGCUGCAUUCCGGCUCGCUGGAAAUGCGACGGGGAAGACGACUGUGGCGAUGCAUCUGAUGAACCAAAGGAGGAGUGCGCCGAGAGGACGUGCGAGCCUUACCAGUUCAGAUGCAAAAACAACCGAUGCGUGCCGGGCCGCUGGCAGUGCGACUACGACAAUGACUGCGGCGACAACUCGGAUGAAGACAAGUGUGUUCCUCGGCAGUGUUCCGAAAGCGAGUUCGCCUGCACGAACGGCCGCUGCAUCGCCGGGAGGUGGAAGUGCGACGGAGACCACGACUGCGCCGACGGUUCCGACGAGCACGGCUGCGCCCUCAAGUGCGACAAUGACCAGUUCCAGUGUAAGAACGGACACUGUAUUCCCAUUCGCUGGAGGUGCGACGCUGACCCGGACUGCAUGGAUGGCAGUGAUGAGGAGAACUGCCACACCGCUGUUGGCCGCCACUGUCCUGUGGAUGAGUUUCAGUGUAACAACACUCUGUGCAAACCUCUGGCCUGGAAGUGUGACGGGGAGGAUGACUGUGGGGAUAACUCCGAUGAGAAUCCGGAAGAGUGCCGGAAGUUCCAGUGUCCCCCCACCCGAGCAUUUCGUUGUCAGAACGACCGCGUGUGUCUGCAAGUGUCCAAGAGGUGUGACGGCAUCAAUCACUGCGGUGACAAAUCCGAUGAGCUCAAUUGUCAGACCCCCCCGGCUGUUCCUACCUGCGAGAAGGACCAGUUCUUGUGCGCUAACGGAAAAUGCAUCAGCGCCACUUUACGAUGUAACGUCUUUAAUGACUGCGAGGACUACGGAUCGGACGAGAUCAACUGCAAGACAGAAACCAAACUAAACGACUGCAGGAAUAACAGGACACACUGCGGUGACGGCGACGAGGCCCACUGUGUCACCAACGGGACCGACGCCUUCUGCUCUUGUAAACCCGGCUUCCACAAAACAGGACAACGCACAUGUGGAGACAAGAAUGAGUGCCUGCAGUUUUCCGUGUGCUCCCAUAUCUGCAACAACACCAAGGGAUCCUACAAAUGCAGCUGCCAUAAGUACUUCACCAGGAUCAACGACACCUGCAAAGCCGACAACAUGAACAGCAGUCAGCAGGUUCUCUACAUCGCCGACGACAACGAAAUCCGCAGCCUGGAUCCCGGCAUGCCCAACUGGCGCUACGAGCAAACCUUCCAGGGGGACGCCAGCGUGCGCAUCGAUGCGAUGGACCUGCACGUCAAGACCAACCGCAUCUUCUGGACCAACUGGCACACGGGCCGUAUCUCCUCUUACGAACUUCCUGGACAGUCUACGUUGUCGUCGUCAUCCAAUUCCCACCGUAACCGAAGACAAAGCGCAGGCGGUGUCACCAACCUGCAGAUUAAAGAGCUGAAGAUGCCUCGUGGUAUAGCCGUGGACUGGGUGGCCGGUAAUCUAUACUGGACCGACUCUGGUCGAGAUGUCAUUGAAGUGGCUCAGAUGUCGGGUCAGCACUGCAAGACCCUCAUAUCGGGCAUGAUAGACGAGCCUUACGCUAUCGUCGUGGAUCCACAGAGAGGCACCAUGUACUGGGCAGACUGGGGCAACCAUCCCAAAAUUGAGACCGCUGCCAUGGAUGGAACACUGAGGCAGACUCUGGUCCAUGAGAACAUUCAGUGGCCAACGGGUUUGGCAGUGGACUACUUCAACGAGCGACUUUACUGGGCGGAUGCAAAGCUGUCAGUCAUUGGAAGUGUUCGACUGGACGGCUCCGAUCCUGUCAUUGCUGUCUCUGGCAUCAAAAACAAUCUGGCCCAUCCAUUUAGCAUCGAUAUUUUUGAGGAUUACAUAUACGGAGUCACGUUAGUCAAUAACGUUGUUUUCCGGGUCAGCAAGUUUGGAAAAGGCACCACGGAGAAUCUCACCACAGGCAUCAACCACGCGACCGACAUCGUCCUGUACCACCGAUACAAGCAGCCAGAAAUGACCAAUCCGUGUGACCGAAAGAAAUGCGAGUGGCUCUGUCUGCUCAGUCCAAGUGGACCGGUGUGUACCUGCCCCAACAACUACGUGGCGGACAACGGCACCUGUGUGGAGAGGUCGAGCCCCACCCAGUCGCCGUUCUCGCCCCCUUCGGGCGCCUGUGAUAUUCAGUGUCAGAACGGAGGGAGCUGCUUCCUGAACGCCCGUCAGGUGGCCAAGUGUCGCUGCCAGCCCAGUUACACCGGAGAAAGAUGCGAGAUCAACCAGUGCCGGGAUUACUGCAAGAACGGCGGCACCUGCACCGCAUCCCAUACAGGCGCUCCGACGUGCCGAUGCCCCAAAGGCUUCACGGGACCCAACUGCAACCGUCACACUUGUCAGGACUACUGCCACAAUGGAGGGAACUGCUCGGUCAACGCCGGUAACCAACCCACGUGCAGCUGCCCGACCGAGUACCAGGGAGACCAGUGCCAGUACAGUAAAUGUGAAGGCUUCUGUCAGAACGACGGAACGUGCUUGCAAACCUCCAACGGCACCAAGCUGUGUCGCUGCUCCAACCAGUACAUCGGACACCAGUGUGAGCUGGACAAAUGUCUGUUCUGUGGAACUGGGCGAUGUUUGACCUCGUCCUCGGGGGACGUGUCCUGCAGGUGCCCCAACGGUCAGACGCAACCCAGCUGCUACACGUGCUUGAACUACUGCACCAACGGCCAAUGUACAGUCAACACGCGUACGCUCUUGCCUCAGUGCAGGUGUCCCGCAGCGUGGAGGGGCUACAGGUGUGAAAUCGAAGCUUCUUCCGUGGAUUCCUCCACAUCCGGUGGAAGCACCGCCUCCAUUGUGGUCCCGGUGCUGCUCCUGCUGGUCUUGGCGCUGCUGGUGGUUGGCGCCAUCUUGUGGCACAAGCGUAGAAUGCGAGGGGCUAAGGGCUUCCAGCAUCACCGCAUGACUAAUGGCGCCAUGAAUGUUGAGAUUGGCAACCCCGCCUACAAAAUAUAUGAGGGAGACCCAGAUGACGACGCCGGGGAGCUCCUGGAUUCAGACUUUGCCUUGGACCCAGAGAAGCCCACCAACUUCACCAACCCGGUGUACGCCAGCCUGUACAUGGGCGCCCACAACAGCAACAGCUCCCUGGCUAGCACGGACGAAAAGAAGGAGCUCCUCUCCCAGGGCGACGAGAGCACCAACGACCCCCUGGCGUAGAGGUACCCCGCAUCCACCCUCCACAACCCCCCCUCCCCUCAGCCUGAACUGUGCCAGCAUCGCCCUGCCUGACCAGUGCUGAGCCAACCAGCUCUUAUCUUUAUGCCUUCGCCACCUGAUGAGAAAGAAAAGCAGGAAAAAACACAAAAAAUGCGGAACACUGUAAAAAUGUAUAAAAUGAAGGAGUACUUUUGUAAGUGAUUGCAGUAUUGUUUUUUUUUUUUUUUUUUUUUUUGGGACAAGAAAAAAGAUGAGCGAGUGAUAAACGGAUCCAUUUACUCUUUCAUUCUUUCAUUCCCUGCAGAUCUCCUUCCUCUUGGUCGCUCAUUUAGCCUCUACCUCUGUGCAAAUGUAAACGAUACACACAAAUUGCAGCGGAAUCAUUUUUAUUUCAUUUUUUUUAACAUUUUUCUAUGAUUUGUAAGAUGGAGAAAAGCAGGAAUAUUCAUCCUGGAAGACUUUGCCAAUUCAGUCCAUGUGCGUGUGUGUGGGGGGGGGGGCGUAAUUUGUUUUUCCUGCACACAACAUGAACACGUGGAGGAUGUGCUAGCAUUGUCCUGCUACAUUCAAGUGAUUGUCUUUUACUUCCUGCACAGACUCAUUUGCAUAUAGAUGAUACAACACAUAUAUAUAUAUAGAUAUAUAUAUAUACAGUAUGUAUAUAAACAAAGUGUCUUGAAAGUAUACCCAGGAACAUGAGUAACAAAUAGCAGUCUGUACUUUCUAAGAAGUUUUUAAGCGUGAGUGGCGGAUGAUGAUGAUGAUGAUGAUGAUGAUUGUAACAAAGUCUGAAAUGUCUAAAGAUGGACACCGUGGCCUUGUUUUUUUCCCGUCGGCGGAUGAUGUCGGCGAAGUUCUACAAUUGUUACAUUUAGCUUUUAGUCGCUUCUCUUUUGACCGAAACUGUACCGACCGACCCGAGAGUGAUGAUUGAUUGACAGGUACGUCAUGGGAGAAGACGUCAUUACACGGACGUGCAUUCCGAUCAGCUUCCUGAUGAGAAUUCCUUUUGCUGAGCUGCUAACGCUAACCAUCUGUUUUGUCUUAAGAAUGUCGUGGUUGCUGUUCGCCGCGCAGCUUUAACUUCACGGUCGUGGACGCUAAUCUGCCAUAUAAUUGUGCACGGUGCUCAUAAACGUCACAAACAUUGUCAGUCAUUCUAGAGGAAACAUCUUUUACCCCUCAGCUUUUAACGUUUUUUUUUUUUUUUUUUUUUUUUUUGAAACAUCUGAUCAUGUAAAUUAGAACAACAGUCGGAGAAAUGUGUUGGCGAAAACCCACAUGGAUACUUGUGGCUCUGAUUGUUUUUAUGAUUCUGUUUCUUUUUGAUAUAAGAAAUUAAAAUGAUUUUUAUAGUAGAAAAGCACAGUGGUUGGCGUCCGUCAUUUUUCCAGAGGAA